AUGACACUAUUUUCAAAGUUUACGAAAAGUGGAGGAAAUAACGAGAAAUCCAUCUAUCCUUGGUCACAGCGUAAAUUGAGUGGCAGUCAUCAUGCUUUGCCGAGAUUUGGACACAGUGCCACUGCCCUUGACAAUCAACACAUUCUUAUUUAUGGUGGCAUGCACAAGGGAAAUACAAAGAAGAACAUGUUCAUCAUUGACACAAACAGCAUAUCUGCCAGCUCGUUAGCAACAUCGGGUGAUGUGCCGUCUCUGAGAAGCUUCACCACAAUUUCUUCAAUGGGCUCCUUUGUAUUACUUUAUGGUGGCGAGCCCAUUCACGGCAGCGAGAUUUGGGAUCCUUACUUUUACGUCUUGCAUACAAACACUCGUCAAUGGUCAAGAGUACGUACAAAAGGUAGAUUGCCAUCGGAAAGAGCAGGACACUCCACAUGUGUUUCUGAUGAUGGCAUCAUGUAUAUCUUUGGCGGUCAUUUUCAGCGAAAGUACCUGAAUGACUUGUGUGCGUUCAAUGUGAAAGAGUAUCCUGCCAAGGCAGAAUGGGAAUUUAUUCGAGUUGAAAAUCAAGGGCCAACACCCAGAUCCGGACACAUUUCUGUGAUUUACGACAAGAAAUUAUACAUAUUCGGUGGCAUCAAUGCGAGCCAUUUAUACAACGAUAUUUGGUACUUUGAUCUCGUUACUCAUGUUUGGCAUCAGAUAUCAGCUGUAGGCUAUAUACCCGCACCAAGAGAAAGCUGUGCAGCUGCAUUAGUCGAUGAUACGAUAUACGUUUUUGGAGGAAGAGGACUAAAUGGAUGUGGUUUAGGCGACUUAUGCGCGUUUAGAAUCAAGAGUCAGAGAUGGUACAUGUUUCAAAGCAUGGGCGCACCUCCUUCGCCUCGCUAUGGGCUUUCAAUGACAGUGAUACACAACAAAAUCUACGUUUUUGGUGGUGAUUCAGUUACUGGAAAAACGGAUGAUAGUGCCCAUGUGUAUACAUUGGAUUGCUCCAAGAUAAAAUAUCCUCCCGAGCCAGAAGCCUCAGAAAGCGAAAAUAGUAAUGCGGAUCGUGUUCAGACGAGUACAAUGCGUAAUAACAACACGAAUGCACCAAAAGCACAAAUCCAACCUGCACACAUGGAGCAAGAAUUCAACAUACCUCAGCCUCAAUUCGAUGCAAAGCACAUGGACUAUCAGGCCCUCGAUGAGCAAGAUCAGAAAAUCAAUCUACCAUUAACAGCCAACUCGUUAGAGGGUAAUCUGAGCACAUCCAGACAGCUGCUUGCCGCAGAUCUGCAUUAUGCAAGCCCACCCACUUCACCAACAUUGCCUCCACCACGACCGCCUCGAGAAGGGAUCUCUCUCAACGAAGCCUAUCGACAGGCGCCAUCAACAGUGCAUGAUGCAUAUAAAUUCAAAAGAGAAUCCUCGAUUCCACCUCGCUCUCAGAUACCACCCAAACCAUAUAUGCCUGCCAUGAAUGAAUCGACGACAACAGCUAUGAAUCCCGACGAGAAAGCCAAACUACUAUUGGAAAUCAAAGCACGAGAUACGAUCAUUUCAGAGAUGAAGAAAAAGGAGCAAUGGUGGCGAACCGAAGUCUCUGUGGCUAGACAUUUGCGCGCAAAGCAGAGAGACGCAUCUGAUGACAACCUAGACAACCAUGACGAUCAAGACAUGGCAUUACUCAACCUCGAUCAACACGAUAAAUUGAUGCUAUUUCAACAACUUGUCACUGUCAAGGCCGAGAUUAGAAAAGUUAGAUACAGUAUAAAUAAACAAAAUGAUCCAAUACUUGAAAAGAUAGAGCAAGUGGAGAACGUAAGAGCAAUUGCACUAGAAGAAGCAGCCUACUAUAAAGCAAAAUACGCCGCACUCAAGACAAGAAACAAGGAAGCACUGGAUCUGCUGGAAUCAGAUCGAGUCGACAUAUUAGAAAAGCGACUACUGUAUGCGUAUGAAGAAAAAGACACCAUUGAACGAAGCCUGCAAAAGAUGAACUCACAGUCAAAGCACGAUCAAUCCGCAAGGCUGCUGGCAGAAGAUAGAGCGCGAGACGCACAGAAACAAUCCGAAGAGGCCCAAGAAGCGCAUCAAAAUGCAUUGGAAGAGCUGACACUGCUGUACGAGCAAAUCAUCAAACUUGAAGCGCAAGGAAGAGAUGAUGCUAUCCAGAUAGCCGACCUGUCCAGCAAAUUAGCAGAUCAGCUCUCUCUCAAGAACACGACCCAUCAAGACAAUUCACAGUGGCAUAUGGAAAUAGGCAGAUUGGAAGCAAUCAAUAUCAAGUUGAGAAACGAGAUUGCAGUGCUGUUGAAGCGAUUGGAGGAAAGCAAGGACGAUGAAAACAACCUAAAGAUGCUGCUGAACGACAAGGAUCAAGCAUACGCCGAAGCUGUGCUUGAGCUAGAAAAGACAUGCAUCGAGCUUGAUUUGCUUAAAGGCUUGCCAAAUGGUAGUAAUAGUAGUAAUAGUAGUUGA